GAGGACUCCAACAGGAAAUGGCGGAAGAUGACAGGUCCUCACAAAUUUCUGGUGGGCGUUGGCGUCAGCUCCAUCGGCAGACAAAGCUCCUCCCGGCUCCGGGACUCUUGUCUGAACAGGAUCGCGCCCCGGGGGCGUCUCCGAGUGCCUGCCCUGCGUCCGCCUCACCAAUGGUGAGGGAGGAUGCUGCAUCUUCUCCAGUGCCAGGAUUUCAUGCCGAGGCUAGAAAACCAGACCGACAGCCUACCGCUUGGGUUCUCCGCCUGUCACCGCCGGAGCUGGGAGAGCGGAGCCAGAGUCGAGGAGAGCCCACCGCGCGUGCAGGCAAACCCAGAAUCGGCUCCCCUCCGCACGGCCCGCCUGCCCUCACCAUGACCGACCAGCUGUCCGAGGAGCAGAUCGCCGAAUUCAAGGAGGCCUUCUCGCUGUUUGACAAGGACGCCGACGGCACCAUCACCACCAAGGAGCUGGGCACCGUCAUGCGGUCCCUGGGGCAGAACCCCACUGAGGCGGAGCUCCAGGACAUGAUCAACGAGAUCGAUGCCGACGGCAACGGCACGGUCGACUUCCCCGAGUUCCUGGGCAUGAUGGCACGGAAGAUGAAGGACACGGACAGCGAGGAGGAGAUCCGUGAGGCCUUCCGGGUGUUUGACAAGGACGGCAAUGGCUAUGUCAGCGCGGCCGAGCUGCGGCACGUGAUGACCAGGUUGGGGGAGAAGCUGACGGACGAGGAGGUGGACGAGAUGAUCCGGGAGGCCGAUACGGACGGAGACGGGCAGGUGAACUACGAGGAGUUCGUCCGCAUGCUGGUCUCCAAGUGAGGAGGCGGGGGAGAUGGUGCCCCACGCCCCCGCUCCCCAUCCCCACCCCCAUUCCUAACAUUGCGGUUUUCUCUGCCUUUACUCUUCCGAGUCACUCUUCUGUGAAAGGGGCUUCUCUGCUGUCCAAGAAUCUGUGUGAGUGAUAACCAUUCCUCUUUAAAAUCUGCUACCUGACUCCUCCUUGAUCUCCCUGCCCUGGCACAAACAUGCGUACACACACACAGUCUCUCUCUCUCUCUCUCUCUCUCUCACGCACACGGCCACGGCUCUUCCCCAAGCCCCCUUUCUCACUCAAAGAUCCCGCCCUGCCUCUGCUGACACAACCAACCCAAAGUCAACCGUGGCUUUAAGGUGCUGCAGGCAACCUGCAGUGAAAACCCAGGUGGCCUAUCUUAAAGUGGCCAAAGAAUCCAAGGACUUCCAGCUUUGUGUGGACUCUACAGCUCACGAAGAUGAUAUGUGCACUGCUAGAUUCACCUCUUCCCAGGACAUGGACGUGGUAGUUUGGGUUCUCAGCAAGGGAAAAGGAAAGAGUAAGCAUCUCAGCAAAUUUGCCUUUGGGACGUUUGCCUCCCUGGGCAAAGGGGUCACCUCCGUUCUCGGCUGCAUCUACAGGGCAGAAAGCGUGGCCAGCGGGCAUCGAUGGGGCCCUGGGGACUUUGGGUAGCCGAGGAAGGCCUCCUGGACAGUACCACCCCACCGUGGGGCACAGAUUCCAGUGCUGAUUUCUGUGCUCCCUCUGCCCAAGGAAACUCCUGGGACUCACCUGCUUGAGGAGAAGCCAUCCGUGGUGAUGGUCACGAUGACCCCUGGAUUGUUCUAGAUGGAGGGAAACUACAGUAAGGGGACUGGGAUUUGUGGGGAAAUAAAUCAGAAGCACACGUUCAGUUUGGUCUUAUUUUCCUGGAUGUGCCGGGAUGAAAGGUCUUAGAUCCACAGCUUAAUGUAGACAGGGUUGGAAAGCCUGGGUCUUUGGAGAGGUUUAGAGCUGCUGGAUGGUGAGAAUGGGCAACAGGGAUUGAGCUAGGGGGGAUUUUUUGAUCCAUUCCAAGUGGUGAUUCAUUGAUUGGCUGCAGGGAACAUGGAGAGGAAAUUAAAGUUGCUCUGGCGGUUGUUCCCAUCCUCCUAAA